UAAAAAAGUGAUUAUUGCAGAACAAUUAAAUUAUUUACAAACAAUAAAAGCUAUUGUAAUCACAUUAACAAGUAGUAUAAAUAAAGCGAAACGAAAGCAAAAAAACAAAAAAAUAAAAAUGCAAUUGUUAAUGAAUGCACUAGUAGCCCAAGUAGAACCUGUGCCAAAAAAAUGUUGGAUGAAGCUCCGAUUAAGUACUUUUUGGGAAGAAGAAGUUCCAAAAAGAGAUGCAUCGUUUUUCAAGGAAAACUUCAGAAUGACAAUGGACACUUUUAAAGAGUUAUGCGAUUUGGUCAAAAGUAUGAAAAAACAAAACAGUAACUUUCGCAGACCAAUUCCAUUAGAGAAGAGAGUUGCCAUUGCAGUGUACGCACUUGGCUCAUCCGCGGAGUACAGAACUGUGGGCAACCUUUUCGGAGUGUCCAAAUCAUCUGUAUGCAUAAUCCUUAAAGAAUUUUGCACUGAAGUCUGGAAAAUAAUGCAACCAAUUUAUUUAAACCAGUACCCCUUAAAUGAAGCAACAAUUCGUGAUUGCAUCAAUGAUGCUCCAAAAGAUGUUGUUUCAACCGCAGCAGUGGAAUUUGUAUCUGUUGAAGAGUUAACUUGCUGCAGUGGAGAAGCUGCGUCUGCGUCAUAAAGAAAAUCAACUGACUCGAACAAUGGACAAAAACUUGUGUCUUCAUUUGAUUCCAAAACUGCUGGCUCGGCCAAUGAAGUAAUGUUUGAAACUACAAUAUUACUUUACUUAUUAUAAAUUCAAGAAAAAUAUUAUAAUUACCAUACCGUUAUCUUCGUGUCCAGUUUCAUCCAUCAAUGUUUCGACGUUGUGGAUUUUAAAACUGCCUAAUAUGGCAUGUACCUUAUGGUACAGCGGCCAAGUAGAUGGAGAUCCACCCGACAUGCCCAUCGCUGCCUUUUC